AUGUUAAAAAGUGUUUCAUUGCAACGAAAUUCGGUGGCGAAAGCUUCUCAGAUUGCUUGGCGGUGUCUAAAACAGUUUAAGGCUGGGACCGCAGAGCUGUCUACGCAAGCCUUUCAGAAAGAGAACGUUUCUGGGAGUUUAGAAAGGACAUUCGAUGACGUUGAUUACUGGCAUGAGGUUAACAAGCGCAAUUAUGUGCUCGGGAAAGGUGUCGGGAGAGGUAUAAAGGGCUUUGGCUUCAAUAUUCCAUCUAAGACGGAAACUGGUCUCUUCGAGAACCCCUAUCUUACCUCACCUGAAGGUCUAAGAAAAUUCAGUCGUAGGUCACUGACACACGCUCAAGGUUUGCUCGAUGAUAUGAGGAAUAAUAAAUCCUUUGAAGGUCUUACGGCUUAUGUUAUGAGACUAGAUCAACUCAGUGAUACUCUUUGUCGAGUAAUAGAUCUAUGCGAGUUCAUACGAUCAUCUCAUCCAGACAGCUCGUUUAUCGAGGCAGCUCAGGCGUGUCACGAGGAGAUGUUCGAAUUCAUGAAUAUUCUUAAUACAGAUGUUGAGCUUUGUGAUACUCUGAGGCAAGUGCUCACUGAUCCAGAAAUCAAAGGCAAGUUAUCUAAUGAGGAGAUCACAGUGGGCAAGAUCCUACUGGAAGAUUUUGAGAAAUCUGGGAUAUACAUGAAUCCAGAAGUUAGAGACCAAUUUAUCGCUCUUUCGCAAGAAAUAAGUCUAGUUGGGCAAGAGUUCAUCAACAAUACCGAUUACGUUCGCUCGAAUUACAUUAAAAUAAAAUGCGAAGAAGUCGACAACAGUGGUAUUAAUAAGUUGCUUAUAAGUCAACUACCCAAGGAUGUUAGGGGAAAGUAUUACAAGAUUCCAACACAUGGAUACAUUGCCUAUUCGAUAUUGAGAAGCUGCCCCGACGAAGAGAUAAGGAUGAACUUAUGGACCGCAAUGCAUAGAUGCUCUGAUAAGCAAAUCAAUAGAUUAGACCAAUUGCUUCGGUUGAGAGCUAUUCUUGCCAAACUAAUGGGCAAAGAAAGUUUCGCACAGUACCAAUUAGAAGGUAAAAUGGCUCAAACUCCACAGCAAGUUCGUGACUUCAUUGGAACUUUAGUCAACUACAUGCGUCCAAAGACAAUCGAAGAGCUUAAGUUCAUAUAUGAGCUGAAGUCCAAACAAGAAAAGAGAGAAAUACAACCAAGCCCGAGUGAGCAAGAUAUUGCAUCCAUGGUACGACCAUGGGACCGUGAAUAUUACACCUCCAUGUAUUCACUUCAACAACGCCGUGACGCAAUUGACGAUGAGCAGAUAAGCUCUUACUUCACACUGGGCAAUGUCAUACAAGGCCUUUCUGACCUCUUUGAAAGCAUCUACGGUAUAAGAUUAGAGCCUGUGGUUCCCAAAACUGGUGAGACGUUUUCGCCUGAAGUGAGAAGAUUGAAUGUGGUGUGUGAACAAGAAGGGGUCAUUGGUGUUGUUUACUGUGAUUUAUUCGAGCGUGCAGGGAAAACCUCCAAUCCAUCCCAUUUCACCGUUUGUUGCUCCAGACAGAUUUAUCCUAAAGAAACAGAAUUUUCGACUAUUCAAACUGGCUUUAAUAGUGAGGGCCUUAUGUUUCAAUUGCCAGUAAUAGCUCUUGUGUGCAAUUUCUCUUCUUCGACUGACUCAGAAGGAAAGUCAAUCUGUUUACUUCAGCUGAACGAAGUUGAAACAUUAUUUCACGAAAUGGGCCAUGCCAUGCACUCAAUGUUGGGUAGAACUCGUCUGCAAAAUAUUAGCGGGACUCGAUGUGCCACCGAUUUUGUUGAAUUACCUAGCAUCCUUAUGGAACAUUUUGCCCGCGAUGUAAGAGUUUUAGAAAGGAUAGGUAAGCAUCAUCGCACCGGCGCUCCCAUUUCAGAAAAGCUCUUAUUAAAUUACCUCGAAGAGACUAAAUUUAUGCAACACUGUGAGACUUUCUCUCAAGCAAAGAUGGCGAUGUUAGAUCAGGAUCUACAUGGUGAGAAAGUUAUCAAGGAUUUUGAUCAUUUUGAUGUCACUGCAGCGUAUCAGCAAUUGGAGCGCGACAUGAAAGUGCUAGUUGAUGACAAGAGCAACUGGUGCGGUAAGUUUGGCCAUUUGUUUGGGUACGGUGCCACUUACUACAGCUACCUUUUCGAUCGGGCAAUUGCUUCCAAAGUUUGGGACAGCCUGUUUUCAAGCGAUCCAUACAGUAGAGUCAAUGGUGAGAAAUUUAAAGAGUGUGUACUGAAAUGGGGUGGUUCGAGAAAUCCGUGGAGAUGCAUUGCUGAUGUACUUAAUAAACCAGAGCUCAGCGAAGGUGGUACAGAAGCCAUGAGGUACAUAGGUCAAUCAGAAGAUUUAUGA